GGGCAGCCAGGGUUAGAGAUUGGAGGAGGCGGGGGGCCGGAGAAAGCACGUGUCCGCAUCCUUUUCUUCCUGCUCUUUAUCCCUUUAUCCUUAGGGUUUGAUAGCUGCGGGGAUAGCCCGGGGCCCAGUGUAUGGCCACGGAGUUACAGCGUCCGGACUCCAUGCCCUGUCACAACCGGCAAGUAAACUCUACUUCUACCCCAAGUCCCGAGCAUCUGCGAGCAGACGACCCUAUCCUGGAUCAUGCUGAAGAAAAUAAUGCUGCUAUGGCUAAGCUGACUCUCCUCCCUGGGCACGCCCAUUCCAGCGUGCUCUCGGAGCGGGACCCUCAGGCCUGCUGUGGCAUUAAUCUUCACUCUGAGAACCACAGUGACAGUAGUGACAGUGGCAACUACGACGCACCAGUCGGUGACUCCCUCCUAGGGGACUGUGAACUGUCCCGACAGAUUGGGGCACAGCUUAAACUGCUGCCUAUGAAUGAUCAGAUCCGGGAGCUGCAGACUAUCAUCCGGGACAAGACAGCCAGUAGAGGGGACUUCAUGUUUUCUGCGGAUCGUUUGAUCAGACUUGUUGUAGAAGAGGGACUGAAUCAGCUGCCAUAUAAAGAAUGCAUGGUGACCACGCCAACAGGGCACAAGUAUGAAGGAGUGAAAUUUGAGAAAGGAAAUUGUGGGGUCAGCAUAAUGAGAAGCGGUGAGGCAAUGGAACAAGGUUUACGUGACUGCUGUCGAUCCAUACGAAUUGGGAAGAUCCUGAUUCAGAGUGAUGAAGAGACACAAAGGGCCAAAGUGUACUAUGCCAAGUUCCCCCCAGACAUUUAUCGCAGGAAAGUUCUUCUGAUGUAUCCAAUUCUCAGCACUGGCAAUACUGUAAUUGAAGCUGUAAAGGUUCUUAUAGAACAUGGAGUUCAACCCAGUGUUAUUAUCCUACUCAGUCUCUUCUCCACCCCCCAUGGUGCCAAAUCAAUCAUUCAAGAAUUUCCAGAGAUCACAAUUUUAACUACUGAAGUUCAUCCUGUUGCACCUACACAUUUUGGACAGAAAUACUUUGGAACAGACUAAGUUGUUAAAGGAAGAUGAAGUGUUUUGCAUAAUAUUAUGGUUGUAAAUGGAUUUCAUAUUUGUUUUUAUUAAUUUGUUUGAGAAAUAAUGGAGAAAAUACAUUAGGAAUGCAUUUUAACAUUGGAAGUAGGUGUAGCAACAAGAAAUAUUGGAAGCUUAUGUUUGAUUUGAUCAUUUCUUUCCAUGUGGUACCAAAAUCAACAGUGAAACACACUCAUAGUGCUUAGAUGGAAAUUGUAAUCAUCUGCUCAUGGAACUCACUGAACCCUCACUCAGUGCAUGGAAACUGUCAAACUUGUGACCCUCUUGGUUUGGAGGUUGCUUGCAGCUGCAAAGAAACCCAAACCAGAGUUAGUUCUUUGGGCCGCUGCAGUUUACAUUUGCUUUACUGUGCUCUUAGCUCUAGGGUGUUUUUCUGUAUGUGGCUGUUGUUGCCCUCCGUACUCUAGACUUCCUUGUAUAUGCACAGGUAUCUUGGAGAAGAGAGAGCAAGAAUAUAUACUGGAAUUUUAUAUUGCCGUUAAUGCCCUCGCUUACUUUUCAGAUCCACGAUGUCUGGUUAACUCUUAAACUGUUGUGUUCCUUAUAGAUCAUUUCCCAAACUGGGGGUUGAGGGAAGGUGCUUGCCAAACUGUAAUACAGUGAAAACGUUGGCAGGGCCUUUACAGUUUUUGGAUCUGUAACAUGGAUGAAUCUACAGGGACUGAACCAUGGAUGCCUGAUGCUGAUAAGAGAGAGCUAAAUCAGUCCUGCACAGGGAAUUGGGGUUUUUUUUUCCUAAGGUGUGUGGGAAAGUGGAGGCUUUGCUGCAUUUUGUGGCCAAUAAGUAAAUCAGCACGGUUCUUUUUAAUUUAGUUGCUUCUACUAGUUGUUUUCGGUUUGGAGCCUAGUUAUUUUGCAUGUUUUACAGCUAUAGCUAUAUUAGAGUAGAGGGGAAAAAACUAAUGUUCUUUAAAAAUAUAUGAGGUUUGCAUGUGCUCAUAUUUAAGCUUCUGAAAGGGAGAGAAACAAUAUUAAACUCAAUCUUUGCACUUUUGAAAUGUGCUUAUUAAAAAAAACCUUGAUCCCAUUUUACGUUGAUGUUAAAACUUGUGACUGUAGCGACUAGGUGAUUACUUGCUUAAUUACACGCUCAUGGCCCCACAGACAGCUGUUGUGGGGUUCUGUUCAAAAGCAUACGAUUGAGCAGAAGGUAGAUUUUUCGAGAGAGCUAAAGCGGAAAAAAAAAUCAGUGAGGGUCAGGGGAGGAAACACCGUUGAGUAGAUUGACUGGAUUUUACCCUGUGAUUCUAGACUACUAGGGUUCACUGUACUUUUACUUUUGUUGUUGUCGUUGUUUGUUUGAGUCAGGGUUUCUCUCUGGUAGCCCUGGCUGUCCUGGAACUUGCGCUGUAGACCAGGCUGGCCUUGAACUCAGAGGCCUGCUUCAGGCUCCAGAGUGCUGGGAUUAAAGGUGUGCAUCACCAUGCCCAGCUACUUUAGUUUUGAAAACUAUCAUGUAAUAAGAUUAAAAUUCAUCUAACAGUUCUUCCAUGGCAGAAUGUUGCCUUCAAGUUCUUACUGAUUUUUUUUUAAAGACAAGUCUCACCAUAUAGCCCUGGCUGGCCUGGGAUUUUCUGUGUAGACCAGGCUGGCCUGGAACUCAGAGAUCCUCCUGCCUGUUAAGUGCUGGUAUUAAAGGUGUUCACCACCUUUCCCAGCUGCCAGUUUUAUUUAUGUUUGUUAGUUAGGUGUCCCAGGAAUGAUGUGGGUAGAAAAUUCAGAUAGGUCAGAUCUGUUGACAUUAUUCUUGCAUUGAAUCAGUUGGAAAGAAGAUGCUGGAUGUGGAAGAGCAUUCCUGUAACCCCAGCAUUGAGGAAGUUGAGGUAGGAGGAUUUUGUGUUUGAGGGUAGUUUAAGUAACUGAGCCAGAUUUUAAUCUCAAUUUUUUUUUUUUGCCUGCCAACCUGAGAAUUGCUGCAACUGAAUUGAAUUGGUGCUUCUUUGGGCUGCAGUAUUUUGUUUGAAGUGCUUUCCAGAACUUGAGAUAAUUUUGUGUCCAACUUUAGGCAUGAAACCAUAUUUCAAGCAAAUUCUUCUUUGUUUUGAAAGAUGAUCGUCUGUAGCCCAGGCUGACUUUGAACUUUCUGUGUAGUCAACUCUGACCUUGCCUCAUUGCCUCUAUUGAGUUCUGGGAUGAAAGGCUUACAGCCAGCAUGCCCAUCUUAAACAAAUUCUUUUUAUAUCAUUAACCAUUUAGAUCCAAAUGUCUGUUGUUUUUCAGCAAUGAACAUGAUUAAAAGUUAACUACAUUUGAUUCCCAUGUGGGAAGCCUAGUAUAAACAGUAGGAAUUAUUCAAUAAGGUCAUAUUCCCUACUGAUGCUUGUACCCUACACUCCUGUAGAUACAACAGUGGUCUCUGAAUUUUGGAAUGUUUUAGCAAACAAACUCUUACUUGCAGGGUUAAUCACUUGCAGGACUCUAUUUUCUAAAGUCAACAUAAGAUUAACAGACUACUGAAAGUAAGAUUGACUUUAGUGACAUGAACUUCAGAGCAGUAUAAAUUGUGUAGAUUCUUUAUUAAAGAAUGAAGACUAGAGCAAAACCGACAUGCAAAUAACACAUAGCAGUAAUUCUCAAGGUAUGACAUGCAUCAUAAUUGCUUAGAGGGCUACAGAUUGCUGAACCCCAUUCCUACAGUUUCUGAUUCAAUGUCUUGAUUUCCAACAUUUCUCCUUUUUAUAAUAUAAGCAUUUAAUGACGUAAAACGCCCUAUAAAGAUUUAGCUGGGUUUUUUUUUUUAUAUGUUUUCAUUUUCAUUCAGGUAAAAAUAUCUUCUCAUUUUCUUUUUAUUUCUCCAACCCAGGGUUAUUUAAAAUCAUCAACAAAUUGCAAAUAUUCAUGCAAUUUUUCCAUAUUUUUCUUUGAUACUAUUUUCUAAUUUAUUUCCAUUUUGGUGAGAGAAUAUAACUGUUAUGUUUGAAUCCUUUUAACUUAUGAGGGUUUUUGACAUAGGAUCUUGUCCAUAAAUUAUUGUUAUUUGGUAAGUCUCCAAUGCUUUCUUGGAAUGCAUGCAUAUCCUGUAUUGUUUACUAUGAAUGUCAGGUUAUGUUCAUUGAUAAAGCUGUUCAAGUUUUCUACUCCUUCACUGAUUUUUUCUGUCUACUUGUUCUAUUGAUUAUUAGAAGGAUAUUGAAAGCUCAGAUUAAAGCGUUGUAUUCAUUUUUUUCUUUCAGUUCUGUGAAGGUUUUGCUUUGUGUAUUUAGAGUACUCUUGCUAGGUGCAGACUGUUAGAAUUGCAGUGGUCUCUUGAUAAUAUGAACCUUUGCCAUUCAGAAAUGUUCUGUUUUGUACCUGUUAAUACUCUUUGUGCUGAAAUCUGUUUUAGCUGAUGGUACUAACAAUUCCAGCUUUCUUUGGACUAGCUUUACUUUUAACAUGUUUGUAUUUUAUCUGAAUUUCUUAUAGGCAGCUUUAGGGCUGUGUCUUGCUUUUUAAAACAUACAAUUUGACAGUGUCUGCCUUUUGUUGCAGUGUUUAGAUAAUUUUCAUGUCAUGUAAUUAUUGGCCUGAUUGGUUUUAGAUAUCCUUCUUGCUCUUUGCCUUCUAUUUGUUCUUUAUUUACUUUUUCCUCAUUUUCACCUUCUUUUGGAUUGAGUAUUAUUCGUGAUUCUACUUUGUCUUGAUGACAUGUGUGUCAACUCUUUCCACUAAGUCUACCCUCCAGGACAUCGACCCAGUCCCUUCCCCUCUUUUUGAGGAAUAGUCUCUCUGUUAUGCAGCUCUAGCUGUCCUGAAAUUUACUGUGCAGACCAGGCUGUCCUCCAACUUAGAGUGCUGGGACUAAAGGCAUGUACCACCAUACUUGGCCAGCCCAGUCUCCCUUAAAGGAAGACUGUUUUGUAUUUUUCUGAGCAUUUACAUUUAAUAUAGCAGUUAUAUAGCAGAUAAGUUAUAGAAAUAAUAACAUGAGUAUAUCCAACAUUUGGAGGAUUUCAUGUAAAAUAUAAAUAAACUUGAAGCGGCUAAUCCAUCCUAUAAAGCCAUUAUAUACACCUCCAUAUUUUUAUAUUAAUAUGAUUGUUUUCCCUUUGUCUUAUUUGAACCUUAUGAUAAGCCUAUAUUAAACUGCUUAUCAUUUGUUAACUACAUCUAGUUUCUCCUCAUGUCAGUUAUUUUCCAUUGAUAUCACGUCUUAAAGAAACUUAAAUUGUUCGAUACAUAUAAUUAUCCAUGCAUUCUGUGACCUGUUUAAUGUACUUGAAUUUCACCAGCAAUGCUCACCUUCUACCAUAUCACACAGAAGUUGUUUUAUCCCACAGGUCACUGAAAUACCAUUAUACUUUCCCCCAAAUAAUUGGCUCUUAACCAUGUGCCAGAUGUUCUUAGGGAAAGGCGAUGUCGCAAUUCAGCUGGAUUUAUGUCCAGGUUCCAAGUCAGUAUAUUAGUGUAUUUGUGCUAUUGUAACAAAAUACCAGACUGAAUGGUUUUAACAACAGAAAUAGUUUUGGAGGCAGGUCACAUGUCCACAAUCAAAGUGUUGAUAUGUUUGUGUACUAUUCAGAAGUCUCUCUUUGACUUGACUUUCCAUGGUCUUCCACCUGUAUGUAUAUCCUUGGUUUUCCUUUGUGUGUUCAGAUUUUCUCUUCAUAUGAUCAUAGUCAGAUUGUAUUAGGGCCUAUUUAAUGGCCUUGUUUUAACCAAAUCACUUCCUUAAAAGCUCUAGCUCCAAUAUAGUCACAGUGUAAGGUAUUGGGGAUUAGAGCUUCAAUAUGGAUGGAGGUAGCACAUAACUAUAGUGACAAAACUAAUCAUCUUCUUCCAGUCCACAGGCUUUUGCUGAGACUGUUUCCGUGUGUGUUAUGUGGCAGGGCCUGGUUUUUUCUUUGUUAUUAUUACUUUUUUUGAGAUACCAUUUCACUAUAUAGCCCUGGCUAGCCUGGUGCUUACUAUGCAGACCAGGCUAGCCUCAAACUCACAGAGAUCCACCUGCUUCUGCCUCCGAUGUGGUGAGAUUAAAGGUGUGCGCUGUCACUUCUGGCAGGGCAGGGUUCUUAUGGCAAAUCUAAGGGUGUAAUUUAGAAUUAUUUUUACUUCUGCUGUGAAAUCAGGUGCAACUUCCUUUGCUCCAUUCUUGGGGUGAGAACAAGCAAGUGCAUAUUAAUAUAAGUUGCUUUGAUCUUCAGAGAACUCGUAAGUUUGGAGGCUUAUAGGAAUUCCACAAGUGUUGAUAUUUCAUUGCCUAUCAUGAAGGGCUAUUGAUUCAUAUCUGGGUCAGGCUCCAACUGUUUUAAAUUGUUCUAAAGACCCUAUUUGUUCGUGAUACAAGCCUUUACCCAGCUGUGAGUCCUAACACUGUUCAGCUUGAUUCAAGGAAUCUGCCUGGCCCAGGUUGCUAAACCCUUACUAUCUUUCCAGGCAGAUUCCUUUCCUUUUCCUGUCUUCUGGAAGAGUGACUCUUUGGCUCUUCUAAUCCACUUGACUCACUAUUCUCUUGUGAAUGCCAUUCUUUAAAAGGAAACUCACAUUGCUUCAGCAGUCACACUACUGAGUAUGUAAGCAGAGAGAAUGAAUUUAUCAGGCUGCAGAGACAUUUGCACUCCCAUGUUCAUUGCAGCAGUAUUCUCAAUAACUAACCAAUAGGAACAGCCAAAGUGUAUGUCAGUGAUGAAUGUAUCAAUUAAGUAUAGUACAUUUGUACAAUGAGAUGCUAUUCAGCCAUGCAGAGGAAUGAUUUUGUGACAAAAUUGGAUGGAACUAGAGAUUAUGUUAAGUGAAUGAAACUGAAGCUGUAUGACUUCUACUAUGUGGGAUCUGGUGACAAAUGAUCUUGUGCAGGUUGACAGUAGAGUGCUUGUUACCAAAGUUUCGGGAGGGAUGGCUGAAUGAGGAAAGGUGGAACAAGGGUCGCUAAGUUAUUGUUACUUAGAUAGAAGAAAGUUCUGCUGUGCUAUUACAUAGUAAGGGUGUCUGUAGGUCAUCGUUAAUGUACUAUACAUAAAAAAUUAGAAAAUAUUUUGUUAAGUUUUUAAUAUGAAGAAGUAAUAAUGAGGAAAAAGAUGAACAUGAUUUAAAUUUAUAUAAUGUGUACAUGUACUGAAAUAUCAUGGUAUCCCAUUAAUAUGUACAAAUUUUGUUUUUAUGAAUCACUUAAAAUAAAUUUAAAUAAAGGAAAAAUGAUAACGCA